CCAAAUCUAUCCAGAAACCUGUCAGCAUUUUGUCCGACAAACUUGGCCACUCCUCAUCGGUCUGAGAAAUCCUCGUCCAUCCAAAAACAAGAAAACCCAUCACGCCCAAAGCACAGAGGAAAACAUUUUCCUCCCCAAGAACAGGAUAAAGAUGAAGGAAAACAUUUCCCUUCCCCCAAAACCCACUUCUAUUUCCUUUUCCCUUUCACUUCUCUUCCUCCCUUUACUCGCAGCCGCAACCGACCCGGUGCCUACCCCAUGGCCGCUCCAAUUCCACUCAAUUCUCUUAAUGAACAACACCAAAGGGCUCCUCCAAGUAGUGGACCUCUGGUACGACUGGCCCAACGGCAGAAACUUCAACAUUAUCCAACACCAACUGGGCAAAAAGCUCUAUGAUUUGGAGUGGGAUAACGGGACUUCCUAUUAUUACACAUUGGACGCCAAUAAGGAGUGCAAGAUCAGGCAUUUUCCAGUGGGAAUUCUGAGGCCGAAUUGGCUUGACGGGGCAAAAUACCUUGGCCAGGUUUAUAGGGAUGGGUUUCUCUGCAAUGUGUGGGAGAAGGUUGAUUUCAUUUGGUAUUAUGAGGAUGUUGCUACUAAGAGGCCUGUUUCCUGGGCUUUCUUUUCAGGGAUGAUUGGACAUGUGAUGACCUUUGAGGUUGGGCAAGUUCUUGAUGACCCCAACUGGCAAGCCCCUGUGUACUGUUUUGAGGGAGCUAAGCAGGAACACAAGGCUGUGCUUGAAUUACCAUUUGAGUACAGGGGUUUGGUGAGAGAGUUCCUCAGUAUUCCUAUGGUCAUUUGAUUGUCUUUGGUUUAUACUCUGGGUGCUUUACUUAUUUCUGUAGCUAGAGGGCUCUGAUGCUUCUCUUCAUCUUGUUAUCUGUUGAUGUUCAACUUGAAUAUAUUCCCACAGGGCAAUAAAUUUUGCUCGAGUGUCAUGGAGAA